CUCUCCUCCCGUCUCCUCUCCUCUCCUCUCCAGCUGAUCUUCCAAACUUGGUCAUGUUCUUCGUCCUGCAGCCAAACACUCCUGAGCUUUAAACAACAUCCAUCACACACACACACGCACACACACACACACACACACACACACACACACACACACACACAGAGUCGGCUGUGGUCUUUGCUCUGUUUCUAUUUUAGCUCGGCUCUCACAGACGGCGGUCAUGGCUCGCUGCAGGAGUUACUUACGAGGACUCGCCAUCUGUGUCACUGUGCUGCUACUGGUGUCUGGGGUGGUGAUGAUCGGCGUCGGAUUCUCCUCCAUUGACGGCAACACGCCGGUUGCCGAGCUGUUCGAACAGUUGUCCAGUAGCGACGGCUUACUGGUGCUGCAGGUGUUUGGCCCCAUCACAGUGAUUCUGUCCAUCAUGGGCAUCUGUGCUGCAUCUUUAGACCUCAAACCUCUGCUGCUGGUGUUCUCUGCUCUGAUAUUCGUGGAGUUCGUGGCCAUGAUGGUUGUCGCCUCACCGCUGGUUCAGGUUCAAGCUCAGAUGGACGGUGCGGUGGACGAGGUGUUCCUGAACGUAACUCCCCUCCACAGAGCCGAGCGUUACAUCCAGACUGAACUCAGCAAACUCCAGGCCUCCGACUCGUGUUGUGGUUUGAGGAGUUUUGAGGACUGGGAGAAUCAACUUCCUGACACCUGUCUGUGCACGCCUAGCGUCUCCGACCUGCAGCACAGCUCUCAGCCUGGUAACUGGAGCUCAGAGGGGCCCUGUGUGAUGGUGGGUGGUGACCUUUCCCCUCCGACCCAAAAAGUCAGAGAUAAACUGUGGGUUCACUCUGAGCCCUGUGGUCCCAUCCUGAAGAGCUACCUGAGCUUCCCCAUCAAACUGCGGAUAGGAAUCAUUUCAGCCUUCGCCACCAUCACGAUGGCGGCCAUCGCUCUGUGUCUGACGUUGGGUCUGGAGGAAUACUGGAAGACGCCUCCAGUAGAAACGACAGUCGAUGACUUCAACAGAGUGAAGUAUCAACCCAAACCCUCCCUCACCUGACCUCUGACCUCUGACCUCUGACCUGCAACCAUUCAAACUGCUGGUGAUGAUUGUGAGAGUUCAUUAAACUAUCAUCCUCCUCCA